AUGGCUGCUUCAAUUAAGUCUGCCGCUGCUGUUAAUGCUGAUGAGAAAUCAGAUCUUACUGCAACUAAUUCCAGCGCUACUGCCGCUGCUGAUGAUGAUGGUGAUGGUGUUAUUGAUGGUGUUGCUGCUGCUCCUGCUCCUAAAAAGCCUAGGGAAGUCCCUGUAAUCAAGCGAAAGUUGAACGGCUACGUCGGUUUUGCCAACUUGCCUAAACAGUGGCACAGAAAGUCCAUUCGUCGAGGUUUCAGCUUCAAUCUCAUGGUUGUAGGCACUAAGGGUCUUGGUAAGUCCACAUUGAUAAACACUCUAUUCAACAAAGAGUUGUACAAAAUGGAUGAGUCUCCUAAAGUGGUGUAUCCUGAUCCUGAGCAGCCGGUGGAAGCCAAAAUCGAGACUGUUGGUUCUGAAAUUGAGGAAAAUAAUGUUAAGUUGAAUCUUUCCGUCAUUGACUGUCCAGGCUUUGGUGAAAAUAUUGAUAACACUCAAGUUUCUUGGAAACCUAUCGUGGAUGAGAUUAAUCGGCGGUUUGAUCAGUAUUUGGAACAAGAGACUAAAGUUAACCGCUCAACUACAGUUGACAACAGAGUCCACGCACUUCUUUACUUUAUCGAGCCAACGGGUCAUUCUUUGAAGCCUUUGGACAUCGAGUUUAUGAAGCAGGUUCAUCAGAAGGUUAAUUUGAUUCCGGUUAUUGCUCGUUCUGACACUUUAACAGAGAUGGAGGUCAGUCAAUCGAAACAAUUGAUCUUGGAUGACAUUAAAAACCAAGGUAUUACUCUAUUUAACCCACCAAUCUACGACAAUGAUGAUGAUGAGACUGCGUCUGUGACUCAGGAAAUGGUUGAGAAAAUUCCAUUUGCUGUGGUUGGUUCCACCAAUUAUAUUCAGACUCCAGAUGGACGUACCGUGAGAGGAAGGUCGUAUCCAUGGGGAAUCAUUGAGGUUGACAAUGAGGAAGACUGUGAUCUUAUCAAAUUGAGACAAUUAUUGGUGAGAAACUUCAUGGAGGAAUUGAAAGAGACUACUUCCAAAGUAUUGUACGAAAGAUACAGAACUGAGAAGUUGGCAAAGUUAGGAAUAAAGCAAGAUGAUUCCGUGUUUAGAGAGUUCGACCCAGUGUUGAAGCAGGAAGAAGAGAAGCAAUUACACGAGGCUAAAUUGAGCAAUAUGGAGGCUCAAAUGCGGUCGAUUUUCAAGCAAAAGGUCACCAGAGAAGAGAAGAAGUUACAAGAGACUGAGGCAGAUCUUUUCAGCAAGCACAAGGAAAUGCGUGAGAAGUUGUUGAAGCAGAUCAAGCUCUUGGAAGAGAAGAAGAAGGAUUUAGAGAAGAUCAAGAGCCAGCAGACGCAUUCUUCUCCGCAGAUCAACGUGACAAGCGAUUUGUAUAAUGUCCUGGGUGUGGCUCACGAUGCAAGUCCUGAAGACAUUAGGCGUGCGUAUAGAAAGCUUGCUCUUAGGUAUCAUCCGGACAAGGUUGGUGAAAGCGAGCGGGAAGCAGCAGAAAUCAGGUUCAAGGAAAUCACACAGGCAUACAGUAUCAUUGGUGACUCGGACAAGCGCCGAGAUUACGAUAUAUAUGGAGAGCGAGUGCCUGGAGCACCACCACCUUCUGGACCAGAAUCGUAUGGAUUCGGAGGAGCUGCAUUUGACGGCGCAGACUUUGAUUUCUCGCCUAAUGACUUUGCUAAUUUCUUUAAUGGCAUGAAUACGGGAGGUGGUAUGCCCGGUAUGGGGGGUGCAGUGCCUGGAAUGGAUGGAGAAUCGCGUGGAAGACCAACUUCUCGAGGUUUUAGAGGACCUUCCAGAGGACCUCCUAAAGGUAAGAAGCAUGAAGAUGGAAUAGAAAGAACGGAAGAUGCACAUUUCAAUGUUGAGGUGAUAUUUCUGGACCUCUAUAACGGCAAGGUGGUGAAACUUUCAGAAGAACGAGAUCGAAUAUGUGAUAAAUGUAAAGGUAAAGGAGUCAAGAAGAGUGCCGUUGAGAUCAGUUGUUCAAGCUGUAACUCUACGGGAUAUGAGAGGAGAUAUAGACAUAUUGGGGGUCUUUCGAUAGUGGAGACAAUUGCAUGCAGUAAAUGCAAUGGUCAAGGAACAUACUACAGAGAAAAAGACUACUGUAAGAGAUGUAAAGGUACAGGGGUAGUUAAAGAGUCCAAAAUAUUGGAAUUUGCUAUACCUAAAGGGUCAGCCAACGAAGGAUCUAUAGUGCUCAGAGGGGAAUCAGACCAAAGUCCUGGUUUGACUACAGGAGAUGUGAUUUUAGAGUGGAAAUUGAAACCCACAGACAAGGAAAGUCAUUUUGAAAGACAUGGUGAUGACUUAUACACCAAGGUUCGUGUUCCAUUGGUGGAUGCACUCUGUGGAUUCUCCAGAGAUAAGUUUGUGGAAACUUUAGAUAAUCGCUGGUUGUCAAUUAAGAUGCCUCAAGGCAAAGUGUUGAGGCCAGGAGAUUCCAUUAUAAUUCCAAACGAAGGAAUGCCUGUUUGUGGCAAUUACCGCAAUCGCCACGGUGACUUGUACGUUGCAAUCGAUAUAGAGUUCCCUAAGGAUGACUGGGCAAUAGAAAAAAACGAUAUCACGUCGUUGAAAUCGAUAUUGGACAUCAAGUAUGGAACUAAAGGUCAAAAUUCAGACUUGAAUGAUAAUAGUGACGUGACAAAUGUCUGGUUUAAGGUUAAGGGAAAAAGCGAGUUGCCUGUUUCGUUCAAUAGCUAUAAUGCGAAUGCAGUUGUUAAUUCUGGAGUGGAUGAGAGGAAGGGAUGGUUUGGCAGAUGGUUCUAA